AUGGGAGCAAGUGUUUCCCUGAACAUGGUCACCUCUUCUCACAUUCCGGCCAUGAAUGAAUCAGAAGCAAAUCAUCUCCUUCACAGCCACCAUCAUGACCACCACUCCAUGAUCAAUCGUUCCUUUCCAUCUCAUCAAGAAUUUAAUGGUUUCACAACCACCAUGGCCUCCACAAGAAAUGGUCGAAGUCAUUCAUUACCUUGUCCGCCUCAAUCACGCUUGUUCCACAUGUCCUCUUCUUUUUCUUCACAUCCUUGUGAGAGUUGCAAACCUUCUCAUCAUCAUGACUACUAUUUGCAUGUUUCCUCCUCAAAACAAAAGGAAACUCUUUCAAAUGCUGAAAGCUUUCAAGAUGAAUUUAGUAAUUAUGAACAACCACAACAGCAAGUUUCCUUUUCCUCCAUUAAAAAGAUGUUAUUGAAGAAGGACGUCAUAGAACGAACUCCACUUCGAUCCGAACCUUUGUUCAAUAUAAAGAACCACACUAGUGCAACCUUAACAGCACCAAGACAGAAUUCUUCCACACCCAAAAAAACAAUGCACUCUCUUGUCGAUCACCACUCGUCGGGUUGUGAAUAUAAAAUCUUGGUCACACAGAGUGAUGACGACAAGGAAUACUCCCCACUGAUGAAUCUCAAUAACAGAAGAAGAAUUUCCAUCGAAGAGGAACGAAAGGAACUCAAAAAGAAGAUUCAUCUCAAAAAAUCCACAUUGCACUAUAUGUACAGUUAUAGAAAUGAGUGA